UGCUAGGGGGCUGUAAAUGGGAACAGGGCAAGGGGGGGGGAAGAUACUGGAGGGUCUGUGGGCUAAAGGGCCAAUGGGGGAUUGUAGAGGGAAGCAGGAGGAUACUGGGGGGGCAGGGACAAUGGAGGAAGGUACAGAGCGGUUGUAGGAGUAUCCCAGAAAUGUAGGAUUUGAAGGGGUCUCACUAGGUCAUCUAGCUCAGGCUCCUGCACUAAGAUAGGACUUAUGUGGACCAUCCCUGACAGGUGUUUGUCUAACCUGUUCUUAAAAUCUUCCAUCCUCCCUAGACGUGAGAAAUGCCUUCCGACGAUCACUGGUCUGCAGAGGAAGAGGACAGUCAAGUAUCUAAACUGACACGGAAAGCCAGAGACUCUCCCUUUGUCCCUGUAGGAAUGGCAGGCUUUGUUGCUGUCGUGGGCUAUGGGCUCUAUAAGUUAAAACACAGAGGAGAUCAGAAGUUGUCCGUCCAUCUCAUUCACAUGAGAGUUGCAGCACAAGGCUUUGUCGUAGGCGCAAUAACAAUAGGCGUUCUUUUCUCUAUGUAUAAGGAUUACGUUCAACCUCAGUUCAAGAGUGGGGCCAAAAAGUGAACUGACUUCGUGGGAGCAAGCCGGAAAGGAAAGCAUAUGUUAGUAUUAAUUAUUUAGAAUGUCUAGACGUAAACACUAAGAAUGUGAAAUAAUCAUCAUCAGGACUUCUGUUAGCUCUGCCACUGAACGUGCUCUAUGCUAAAGCCAACUGUUGGAAUUGGUACCUAAACUCACAGUAUCCGUGAGGCAAGAGACUCAGUCAAUUCUAAUGUUUCCGCAUUUCCUGCCAGCUAGAGUACUGUGCAAGAAGCAGAACUUAUCUGCCUACAUCAAGCUCAGAAUGGUGCAAAACUCCCAUGCCUCCCAGUUUGGAAACUGGGCUCCAAUAGGCAAAGAGCAAGAUAGUUCUUCGGGGCUGGCAGCAGAUCGUUAACAGAAGACCUGAAUAAUCCAAUGUCUUGUAACACUGCUGGGUGUCUAAAUGUUUGUGCUGAUACAUUUAGUAGACUGCUAUGUAUUUAUGCUAUUUUUUGUAUUGAAUGUUGAUAUAUAGGGUAGCCCAAUUGGUUAAAAUAAAACACUGUUUCAACUUGCUGAA